ACUCUGCCUUCAAUGCACACUGGAGCCGAGUAGUACUCUGCCUUCAAUGCACACUGGUACGUGGUAUCGGCGCGAUAUCAAGUGCAACUUUUCCUGGGCGAAGCUCACCUGUCUUGUACCGGGAGAGUAUCCCUGGCACGUCCUGUUCUUGGUGUCGAACAUUCCCACCCAACUUUGGUCGAAUAGUACUCACUAGGACUGGUGUUGGUACAGGCGAGCUUGCCUAACACCAACACCAACGGCGAUAGUAGCGACAGGAACAGGGCACCAAACGGCAUAGCGCAGCAAUGAAACAACGUGGUCUACACACCAGCAGUAGCAGCACUGCCUUGUCAACACCAUCUCCUCGAAAAUCGAUGAGACGGUCGAACGCCAGCAGUGCCAGUUUAUCGAGUCCUGCCAGCUACGGCGUGCUGAAUGGCGGCGGUGUUGGCAGUCCUGACAUGAGGAAUGGCGGAAUACGUGACAACAGCCAGCUAGAUUUCAGUACAUGCCCAGUUGAGCAUGGCAGUGGUACGGCGAGCCGUCGGACUGUAGACCGGAGAAGUGCCCAGUUCCAAGCAGAAAUAGACCAGUUGAGACGUGCCCAUGAUGACCAGAAUAGAGAAAUUUCACAAUUGAAGCUGAAGAUCGAUGCUGAGAAACAGAAGAGCAGGGAAGCUCAAAGGGAUAAAAAUCAGGCUGCAAAAACUGCUAGAGAAACGCUGGAGAAGGAGAGACAGCAUUUGACUGAAAUUGCCACGCGCCGUGCAGCUAGUGAGAAGGAGACUGAAAUGAGAGGGCACUAUGAGUCAUUGAUAAAGAAGAAGGAUGCCGAGCUGCGGCAGCAAAUCAAGUUCAGGGAGGAAGAAGUGAAAGCUGCACGUGCUGAACUGAUACGCGAACGCGAUGAUCAAGUUCAGUUUGUCCGCGAAGACGCUGAAAGGCGAAUAAUGGCACGGUGCCAGGAAGAGGCGAGCUCCGAGAAAUCCAAGCUCUUGGCAGAGAUGUGGUCGUUGCGUGAAAACAAAGUGAAGAUGGAAGAAGUGCUGGAGUCGCUGAAAACAGCGGAUCAUGAGAAAUCCCAGUUGAUCAAGAAAAUGAAGCUGGAUCACGCUGAUGAGAAGUCUGAAUUACUCCGUCGCAGUAAACAAGAAGGUCAAAAGGAUGCACAACGUGUGCGUCUUGCUGAGCGUAUUGUCCAGCAGAAGGACAGUGAACUAGCUAGACAGACAUACACCAGCACUCAGUUAGAGGCGGAUAAGGAACGCCUGCAAGACGCUGUUAGUCGCUACCAGCAAGGUGACUCGUUGAGUAAACGAUCGGUUUCAUCAUUGUCACAUGGUGCGGCGGCGGCCAUUGAGGAUGACAGUGCCCUCAGUCUUUCCCUCACACCUAGCAGACCACAAAGAUCUGUGGAGUCCUCGCCAAAAGUUUCACGCAGUAGUAUGUCACCAAGUGUUCGCAGGAAUGCUGCUUUCGAGGAUCGCCUCUCGGCUAUGAAAGCAGAGAAUGCCAUGUUGAAACAACAGUUGGAGAAAGCCAAGGCAAGUGUUUCAGAUUCAACUGCUGCCGAGGAGAAGGUGAAAAAGCUGCGCGUUCGUAACAAUGAGUUAACGACUCUGGCACGUCAGCUUCAAAGCAAAGUGAAAACAAGUCAAACGGAGAUCUCAGCUUUGAAAGCGGUGAAGGAAGGAUCAAGCAGUGAGAUCAAACAUCAUAGCCAACAGUAUCAAAGACAGCGUGCAAAGGAUCAAGCAGAGCAUCGGCAACACUUGAUUGUGAAAGAUCAAGAGAUUGCCAAGUUGAAAGACAAGCUAGACUCACUUCUACACAACACUCCUUCCAAGCAAUCUGGAAAACAGGCAUUGUCACCAUCAUCAGAUCUAGACGCAGAGACCAAGUCGAAAAUAGUACAUUUGACAAGAAGCAAUCUCGCCCUUGAGAAACGACUGGAUGUAUUCUUCAAGGAAUCGGGGAGUUCGGGUCAAAUGGUGAAGCUGCAGCAACAUGUGACGGAUCUAGAGAGCAAGCUGGCAGCCUUACGCCACCAGAAUGAGGAAGCGGAAUCUCAGUUGGAAAGAUUGCCACUUAUGGAGCUGGAAGUUGAGAGUGUGAAGACACGUUCACAAAGCUUAGUGCAGUGCAUUGAGGAGCUGGAAAACGAGAAGAGACACCAGUCCGAACUACGUGCAUGUGAACAAUCAGCAGUGCAAGACUUGAAGUCGGAGCUGCAGAGUAUGAGCACAAAGCUAGAGGAGUAUGAUCAGCUAUGUGCAGACAAUAAUCAGUUGCAAGAUGAGCUGUCAGGUGCCCGGCAAGAAGCUGACCGAACGGCAGUGGAAUGCACUGCUUUGAAGGGACAGGUUACAUCCCUUCAACAACUACUGCAGCAGCAGGAUCAAAGUGGUGGUCUUGGAGACGAAGAGUUCACGAAACUGCGCAGUGAGUUAGCUGCAACCAAGAUGGAGAUCAGCAGUUUGAAAUCCCAGGCCGCUGCCAACAAACCCAGUACUGCUGUGCAAGUUGAAAGUAGCACUGGUAUUGACAUGUCGUCAUCGUUUGAUGCGAGAAGUACAUCAGGAAAUUCCAUGCUCUCACCUUCCAAAGAACCUGCAGAACUCAUGGCAAAGAUUGUUAGUCUCCAAGAGGAGUGUGCUGAGAAAGAGCUUCAGUGCAUGGCUCUCAUGGAGCAAGUAGACAAACUGAAGCUUGUUGUAAGUCACUUUCAGAGCAAGCUGGACCAAGCGGAGGAACUCAGCAACCCACCAUCACCGGUCGUUCAACACAAGCAGCUCAACAGUAAACCAACAGGAGCAGCAGCCACUAAAGCAACAAAGUCACAGCAUCAGCGUCCAGGGUCGGGAAGUCUCCAUGACACGUUGGUGUCAGGAGGCUUACAGCGUGAUCAGCAGGGACGUUCGCAUGGCCUGCAUGCUCACGUUGAUCAGUCGCCUGGUCCAAGUGCGUAUGCAAGUGAGGAUAACACUAGCCGAGAGUUCACAUUGGAAGAGGAGCUACAAGAAGCUGAGCCAGUGUCUACUGCUACAGCCAGUGACGUUGCAAUGCAGGAAGACAGUGAGGCUAGUGAGGCUAGUGAUAGUGAUGAUGGCAGUGAUGAUCACCGCCGGUCACCUAUAACUAGUGACAAUGACAGUGACAAGAGUGCCUAUGAUAGCGAUGGUAGCAGUGAUAGUGGUGAUAGUGAUGCCAGUGACGCUAGCGAUGCUGGCGACAAAGACGGUGAUAACAUAUCUCUGUCGCAAGUCUUUGCUGCGGGCGGAGCUACACAUACUGAUGAUGACGACUCGGCUGAUUCCAGUGAUGAUGAAGGUUUUGUGCGCGAGUUUGGUGACGUUGUGCGUGGUUUAAGUAGCACACCGUCCCAGAAAUCCAAGCAAGAUAGCGCUGACAGUGAAGGCAAUCGUGACAGCGGUAGGGUUCAUCCACGGUCUGUCAAGGGUUCUGAGGAAGAAGAGAAUGCUGAUGUGAGCAGUAUUGAUAGUGUUCAUAGUGCUGGUGCUGUUGAUGAUCAAGGCCAUGGAAAUACAGAUGCAAUUGUACGCAAUGAGGCCAGCCAUGCAGCAGCAGCAGCAGCAGCAGUCUUGCAAACACCUCAGAUCACUAUUCACACAGAGGAUGUAGAUAAGCUAGCCGAUAACAGUUCUGCUGACUUCGGCCCUGAUGAUGCUGAUGAUGCUGCUGUUGAUGCGAGGGAUCGUCCUGUAUCUGCUAGUGUGGAGGGUCACACUGGAUCUGAUUUCAAGGAGCGAGAGAAAGAUGAGUAUGGUAAUGAAAGUGAUGCCAGUGAUGGUGACAGUGCAGAGGAUGAUGAGACGAGUUUGGAUGACGAUGAUGACGAAAGUGGACGGAGUAGUGAGAAUGUGUCAGUUGUCGACAGCAGCGGCAGCGGCAGUAGCGUUAGUGACAGUGGUAGUGACUAUGAGGAGGAUGAUGAACAAGAAGAGCUCCAGCAGCUCUCACUAUCUGCACAUCGUACUUCGGCCCAGCAAGUACUGGAGGAGCUUAGUCUGGUCACAGAUAGCACUGCCGAGCCUGCCGGUAAGCCUCUGUCGACUUCUCAACCUUCAAAUCAAAGAGUGGAAGCGUGGGCAGAGCAAGGACAAGCAGCACCAGCACCAGCAACAGCAACGGAACAAACCGGCACAGGACAGGCAGAUGAAGACUCAUCUGUUCCGCUAACUGUGGUCAUAGCUAAAUAUGAUUACGAUUCUCACGAGUACUCACCCAACAAUCCUGACGAAGAACUCAGUUUCUCUAAAGGUGAUUACAUUUAUGUACGAGGUGAUGUAGAUGAGGAUGGCUUCUAUCACGGUGAAUUGCUGGAUGGCAGCCGUGGUCUUGUGCCAAGCAACUUUGUGGAGCUAGUCAUCACUGAAGAUGCUCCAGCUGGUGAUGGUGAGGCAGAUGAUGGUGAAACCAUGACGAUCAGUAGGGAUGACGACAGCAACGACGACGACGACGACAAUGAUUGUAGUGAUGAUGAAGAUGACAAGGAAGACACGAGUGACAUAGACUACAACAUCCAAGCACCAACUCGUCUGACUGUACAGAGACAGAUGGCGGAGGAUUCCUGUGUUGUUAUACAGUGGACACCGCCAGCAGCUAUGGCUCUGAACUCACCAGAGCACUCCGCUACAGCUGCUGUGACAGGGUAUCAUGUACUUGUGGAUGGGCAUAUCUAUGAGACUACAAGAGCUAACCAAACCACUAGCACUAUACAAGGAUUAUGCUUGGAUGAGGAGCAGUACAGUAUAUCGGUACGUACCGUCACUGCACACGGUGUGUCACCGGAUCCAGCCACCCUCCUCACUGCUGGAAAGAGGAAUGCUAGUCUGUGUCCAGUUGACAAUGUUCAAUUUCACAACAACUUCAAUGGAGACAUCAGUGUUACAUGGACUCUACCGGCUGACCAUGUCUCUCAACAUGAUGGUUGGCAUCAGGUGUCAGUGAAUGGUCGUUCUGUGACGUCAACACUGCCCGUUACUUGUUCUCAAGCCCUGCUGCCCGAUGACGUGUUUGAGAGCAUUACAGCCGGUCCACAGUCGAAUACAUACUCCGUUAAGGUUUCCACAUUCUCGACUUCAUUACAGGAGCAAGUCUAUUCCGCGCAGGUCCUGCUCAAUGCUGACAAUCUGCAGCUUGUACAGCCACCUGUUACAGAGGAACAAGCACACCAUCCAUCUACCAGUGUAGCUUCUGACAAUACUGCUCCACACCAGGCAGCUGCAGCUGCAGCACCAUCAUCAUCAGAUGCUGCUGGUCCUGCUACUACUACUGCCGUGAGGAGAGCGUCAGUGUUGUCUGCUGAUGGAUCGACGUUCAAUGUCAGUGAUAUUGAAAACAUGGAUGAGCUUCUGAGUGAAACCAGUCCUACCAGCAGCAUCUCAUCUCAUCCUAACCAAGGUGAAAAGAACACGAAAAGCAUAACUGCCACAGGUCUGAAGUCCAAACUCCAAUCCUCCACUGUUAUCCUGGACCCUAUGCUACAAGAGAACGAGGACCACAGCACUAGAGGUGCCAACGCUGCUCACAAUGAUCAUGAUGACUUCAGUAGCUCCCCUGCUGAGAGUCUGAGUGGUGGCGAUUGGUUGAGUGGACCAUGCCUGUACACUGCUAUCUAUGACUAUGACCCAUCACUGCAUUCACCCAACCCUGACACUAGUGAAGAACUCGGAUUCAAAGAAGGAGAUCUGCUUAUGGUCUUGAGAUCUGUGGACUCGUGUGGAUUUCUGUAUGGUGAGCGGCUAGGGAAGCGCGGUCUCAUCCCCUCCAACAUGGUGGAGAAAGUGGAGUGUGACAAUGAGGAGACCAAGCAGCAUCUGCUCACUGUUGUUAAUCAGUACCAGAGUCAGCAGCAGAGUCAGCAGCAACAGGACAAUGAGCCAGCCAGUGACACUAGCAACAAGAAGAAAGCCAGGCGUCGCAGCAAUAGUAGCGAUGACGGUACAGAUGAACAUCACGAUACUCAAAACCAACAACAUCUACAACAGCAUCUACAGCCGCAUCAUCACGUUCAGAGCCGAGAGGUAACCAGUGCAUUUUCUCAUAGCAGAUCUCUAACGCCGAUUGUUGAGCUAGAGACUCGCACACCAACACCAUCUAGUCUUGAUGCACAAGGAGUGUUGAGCAUGCCAGCUGGGCUCAUAACACCCCCAACAACAGCAGCAAGAACAGCAGCAGCAGCAGCACCAUCAGCAGCAACACAUCGAUUGACUACUCCUACAGCUACAGCAGCAGCUGGAGUAGCUACAUCAGCUUGGGGUGAUGGCAAGACUCACAUGCCACAACCAGUAGCAACGGUGACUGAAGUAAAUCCGGAAAGCACCGAAAGAGAAUGUGAGUGGCAGUUUGCACGUGCCCUCUAUGCGUAUGACCCACAGACACUGUCUCCAAACCCAGAUGCAGAGACUGAACUAACGUUCUCGGCUGGAGACAUUCUGCGAACAUUUGGUGAUAUCGAUGCCGAUGGCUUCUACCAGGCGGAGCUGAAUGGUCAAACUGGUCUAGUUCCUUCAAACUUUGUUGAAUUAUUGCCAAAUGACAUCAUUGUUGAAGGUGACGAUGGAAUGCUAUACGUGCGUAAUGAGGGAAUGACCGCUGAGAGGGCCAUCGAUGUUGGCUUUGAGCAGGAGAGCGCACACGAGGAGAUACCAGCCACUCAGAAAGCACAACAGAAGCAGCAGAAGCAACAGCAGCAGCAGCACCGGAAAGGCAAGGCCGUAAAAGGCAAGGAAGAGUUGGUGGCGGGGGCUGAGGCUACCUCUGGAACAGCCGACGACAGUAAGAAGAAGAAGAAAGGAAUCUAUGGUCGUAGUCGCAACUUUGUGAAGAAGAAGAUUUUGAAGAAGUAAAGGAUAUUGCUUGAUCAGGACUGCAAAACGACGGUGCUGCCCAUAGCGACGCUGCCCAUAGCGACGCUGCCCAUAGCGACGCUGCCCAUAGCGACGCUGCCCAUAGCGACCCUGCCCAUAGCGACGCUGCCCAUAGCGACGCUGCCCAUAGCGACGCUGCCCAUAGCGACGCUGCCCACAGUGAUGCUGGCCAUAGCAACAUUGUACAUAGCAACGCUGCCCAUAGAGACGCUGCCUAUAACCACACUGCCGAAUGACUGCUAGUGCUGGAUUGCGAAGGCUAGCGAAGAUGAUGUUGACAAGGAAUUAUGCAUGGACGUUUGCAUGUAUGUGGGUACAUGAGUAUGGCGACUACACUGUACUCACUGACCAUGCACCCACCACCAGUCCAUCAGCAGCUAUCAGGUACGUGCUGUGUUCUGGUGUGUCUUGAAUCAUCCAUGGCUUGCUGUGAAUGAUAUCCGCCGGGGCUUUGAAAUCUAUCUAUGAACAAACAGCACCACACCGGCGGCGGCGGUGGCGGUAACUUGACUCUGGUACUUUAGAGACACUGCAUUGCCGCCGCAGUGUUGUCUACUUGUAUGAAGCGUGUGUCUGUAUUAGCAGGGCAUGCACUGCCAUUGGCAUGCGCAGAGUGCGUUUGACAAACUUGCUAUACAUGUACAUGUACUCGUUGAAAUCUUUGAUAUUUUCCAGACUCCGGUCGAAACGUAAUGUCAAAUUAAUAAUUGAAAUUAUCUAUGACUUUGAAAUAUUAUCUUGGCUGCGACUGCAGGCUAGCAGUUGCACUUGAAGUGGGUAACCCCACUGAGAGUUCAUAAACAAGAGUGUCAGCACUAUGAUUAGUCUGGCGCAGAGCGAAAUUUUCUGUCGACGUCA